AUGCAGCCCGCCUCUCUCAAGGGUGUUCUAGCCGUUGCGGCCGUUGCUGCUGCCCAGAGCCAGGGCUCUCAUGCCGACUCUGCCAUUGCGAACAUGAAGGCGCACAUCAAGCACGUGGUUCUUCUCGUCAUGGAAAACCGCUCGUUUGACAACAUCCUGGGCGGCCAGACACUUCCGGGCCUAGACAACCCCUACCACAAUGGCCCCUACUGCAACCCGUACAACCUAACGGAUGCGUCAAAGGGAACAGCCUGCUCUGAGGCCAGAGACUACGACUCCAUCGCCGACGACCCAGACCAUGCCGUCUACGGAAACAACAUUGAGUUCUACGGCACCUUUAAUCCGGACAACGAGGCCAUCGCGUCCGGAAAGCUGGUCGCCAAACAGAACGGCUUUGUACACGAGCAGCUUCGGCUCUAUGACGCCAAGGUCAACCAGACCACGCUGUCCGAGCAGGUCAUGAACUACUACACAGAGAAACAGGUGCCCGUGCUCACGUCUCUUGUGCAAAACUUUGUCACCUUCAACUACUGGCAUUCGGCCAUCCCAGGUCCUACCGAUCCCAACCGCAUGGCCAUCGUGGCGGGAAGCUCGUUCGGUCAUGGUGUGAACGAUGCCGGCUUUUCGGCAAAGGGCUUCAACGAGACGUCCAUCUUCCAGUCUCUGACAGAGAACGGCUAUGACUGGCGCAACUAUCACGAUCCCGCCGGCGGCACCGGCCCGGAAGCACAGUGGUUUCAGUGGACGUACGACGCCGGCGUGGACAACAAGGUGGUCAACCUGGACCGGUUCUACGUCGACGCCGCCGCCGGCAAUCUCACCAGCUUCAGCCUGAUCAACCCGUCCUGCUGUGGCGUCGGCACGACGUCGAUGCAUCCGACCGGCCUCGUGUCUGACGGCGAGGGCCUCAUCAAGGACGUGUAUGACGCUGUCCGUGCCAGCCCCCAGUGGAACGAGACGCUCUUCAUCAUUACGUACGACGAGACCGGCGGCUUCCACGACCACGUGGUACCGCCUCUGGCUCCCGAACCGGACAACCUCACCUACACGGCCACCACGCCAGCAGGCCAGGACUACACCUUCCACUUUAAUCGUCUGGGCGGCCGCAUGCCGACCUUCCUCGUCUCGCCCUGGGUCGAGCGGGCGCAUGUCGAGGGCAAGGGCACGAACGCGGCCGGCGAGACCGUGUCGUACUCGGCCACAUCCAUCCUGCGCACCCUCGGCUACUUGUUCGACUUUGAGCCAUACAACCGCCGCGUAGAGUGGUCCCCGUCGUUUGAGCAUCUGAUCACCAGCCGUCCUCGCUGCCCGAUUGAUGUGCUCCCCGAAGGCAGACCAUUCCGGGCGUAA